AUGAAGAGGUUUGGAAGGAAGAGAGAAUCAAUCCACAACACUGCAUAUGAAGAGGUUCGGAAGGCAUUUGAAGAUAUUAGAAGAAAGAUAGCAGAUACAGGCCGCCUGUCCUCUAGCGGCUUGUCUACUAGUACAUCUCCGGGAAAUGCAAGCUGGAAGAAGGAUUAUUCAUGUGACCUUGCCUUCAGUUCUAGUGGGGACGAAGAGGACUGUGGGCUUUCCAGUAUAUACAAUUCCAGAUUCAAGGCCAGAAGCAAGGAUGAGGCUCCUGGCUUUGGAGAUGAAAGGGAGGAUGACCUUGUGAUAAAUCAUGAUGUCCUGAGUUCUAGUGAGACAUAUGAUGAAAGCCUAGGGUUUGAAAGUUUUCUUGACGAGGAAAUAAAGAGAGAGUCUAAGAUGCAGAACAUAACAUUCAGGAGAAAGAAGGGAAUAGAUCAUCAUCUGCAUGGGCAGGAUCAGAGAACGGAAGGCAGUGUGGAUUCAGACAAUGGAGGAGAUGAAAUGGGGGUUUUGAAAAGGAUUCCAUUUGAUAAGAUGCCAAAGAAUAUCAGGAAGAUUGGGGAGGCAACAUUCAGCGAGGUAUUUGCCCAUGGUACAUUGGUCUACAAGAUAAUUCCUCUUGGAAACACUUCUGAUGAAACAUCUCUUCCAUCGUUUCUGAAGGAGUCUACCAUAUUCAAAGCCAUUUCUGAGGAAGACGGGGUAUGCAAGCUCAAGGAUGUAUUCCUAGUGAAGGGGAGGUACCCAAGAGAGUAUCUGAAGGCAUGGGAUGAUUAUGGAGAAGAGGAGAAUGAAAGACCCAGCAAGUAUGAAGAUUCGCAGGAAUAUGGAGUAAUAGUUAUGGAAGACGGAGGGGAAAGCCUGGAAAGCAUCAGGUUUCAAGGCAUUGAAGAAGCAGAUAGGUUCAUUAGAACGGUUAUAAGAACAUUGGCAAGGCUCGAAGAGAAGUAUGAGUUUGAGCAUAGGGAUCUUCACUGGGGAAAUAUCCUCAUUAAGCAAGGGCACAUAAACCUGAUUGACUUUUCACUCAGUAGGCUAAAGAAUGGAAACACUGUGAUAUUCAAUGACCUGAAUGAUAGACAAUGGUUAUUUGAAGGAGAUGAAGAAGUCGAUGUUCAGUUUAAGGUUUAUAGAGACAUGCGUGAGCUAUGCUCCGGACAUUGGGAGCGAUUUACUCCUCAAAGCAAUGUUCUAUGGAUCCGGUACCUUGUUGAAAAAACCUUCGGCAAGAACAAAUUCAAAGGGAAAAAGGCCUUAAUCUCGCAAUACAUGUCGAUCAUAGAUAGAAGCACAUCAGCAAAGGACAUAGAUAAGAAACUUAGAGUGUAA